CAUUUCUAUAUUUCGCCUUCUGUUUGUUUUCUUCUACGGAUUCUGCAAUUCGAUUCCUCUCUCUCUCUCUCUCUCUGUUCGAUAUCAACGAUUCCCGUCGUGUUACAUUCUCUCUUUCACUGCGUACUAAGUUUUAUUCGCUAGAUCUUUCUUCGUUUCUACUCAUGGCAUGCUGAUGCUGUUCUAUAUGAGGUCAAUUCAUCGAGUUCAUUUGCUUGUUGUUUCUGUCGAUUUUUGGCAAAUGGAUGGAAUUACAAAAGUUCUGUGCUGAUGGUUGUGCAUAUCCCUGGGCUUCCUCAGCUGAAGUCUUUGUAGUGAGCGCGUGCUUGGUCAAAGUGGCUACUGUUGGAUGACAACCACUGAUUGCAGCUACUAGAGGCUGCACAUAAGCAUGCAGACACUAUUUUGGUUAAUAAUCUAUGAUUCUUACUACAAAAAACCAGUACUUCACUACAUACUGUAUUACUUGGUGAGCAUUAGCGAAAAUGAGUGCUCAGGUCACGUAAUUGAAGAGCACAGUUUGGACAGUGUUGAAACCUCUUUUAAGAGGGUGGACGUCCAUUGAACUAAAUUUUCUCCUCAGAUUUUGUAAAUCAAAAUGGAAAGAUAUAAAAUUUUGACAGAGCUUGGUGAUGGAACUUCUGGAAUUGUAUAUAAAGCAAUAUAUAUGGAAACAUCCAAGAUUGUUGCAGUCAAGAAAAUGAAGAGAAAGUUCAAUUACUGGGAAGAAUGUGUAAAUCUACGGGAAGUUAAGUCUCUGCAGAAAUUAAACCAUCCUAAUAUUAUCAAGUUGUUGGAGGUUGUUCAAGAAAACAAUGAGCUUUUCUUCAUAUUUGAGUAUAUGGAACACAACUUAUACGAAAUAAUGAAAGAUCAGCGAAAAUCUCUCCGGGAGGAUGAGAUCAGAGGCUUAAUGGCUCAAUUGCUUCAAGGUCUUGCUCAUGUGCAUAAACAUGGAUAUGUUCAUCGGGAUCUGAAACCUGAGAACUUGUUGGUGACAAAUAACAUAAUAAAGAUUGCUGACUUUGGAUUGGCUAGAGAACUGUCAUCGUCACCUCCUUUCACUGACUAUGUUUCCACUCGCUGGUAUCGAGCUCCGGAGGUAUUGCUGCAAUCUUCAUCGUAUACUCCUGCCAUUGAUAUGUGGGCUGUUGGUGCAAUACUUUCCGAGCUUUUCACUUUGCACCCUAUUUUUCCGGGGGAAAGUGAAAUUGACCAACUGUACAAAAUUUGCUGUGUGCUUGGGGCACCAGAUUGGAGAGCCUUUCCUCAGGCUACAAACAUUUCUCGAUUAGUGGAUAUCUCUUAUUCAGAAGUUAUGCCCACUGAUUUCUCGGAUAUUGUUCCAAAUGCAAGUUUGGAAGCCAGAGACUUGAUCAAGAAACUCUGUUCAUGGGAUCCGUUAAGGAGGCCAACUGCAGAUCAAUGCUUGGAGCAUCCCUUUUUCCAUGUUUCCAUGCGAAUCCCGCGUGCACCUGUAGAUGCCCUUAAAUUGAAUCUGGGACCUGAACCAAACCUUGAACUGAACCUCUGGAACUUUGGCGCUGCAGCAGAUGAUUGUUUUCUUGGCUUAACAUUGGCAGUUAAUCCCAGUGCUGCAAACUUAGAGAAAGUGAAGAAAAGUCAUGAUAUUGAAGAGGACCUAAUGAUCUGCUCUAGUUUCCAAGAUCAUUCACAGCAAUCAGUUCUCUGGUCGCUGUUUCCUUCUGAUCACAGCUUCAUUCCCCCAUCAGUCCCCUCCUCCCUAUCAUCAUCUUUCAGUUUCACAUCCAUCAAUAGGGGGUUCACAAUCCGAAGGUUUUGCCAGGAAACCGUUUCAGCCAAAUACCUUGGAUCGUCCCUUACUAGCUACGUGCUCCCAUUUCCAGCGCGGUGGUUACCAUUGAAGUUUUUAUAGAAUGCUGGGCUAGAAUAUGCAUGACCAUUAUCGUUUGUGGUGGAUGUUGGAUGCUGUUUUUGCUACUGAAUGUCUUCUCACUGUGAUCCUUUUUUUUUUUUGUAAAUGAGCAUGAUUUCACUUCUGUUAGAAUAUGAUCAUCUUGUUCUGAAUUUCAUGUAUAUAAUGAUCACAUACAGUUACACUAAUACAACCUGUGGUUGCUCCCCCUUCA